CUCCCGGAAGUGAGUGUACAUGUGUGUAGGUCAGGCUGUGCAGUGGGUAGGACUGACUUUCCCCGUGUGUGGUGUGUAUCUGACAGCCUUACCAUGGCAGUGUGUGAGCUGACGGUCACAGGUCAUGGCUCUGCCAGCUCUCCAGGGCACAGGAUUCCAGUUCCGGAGGAUCCUGGGUUAUUUUCCCCAGGAUAUCAGCCUUGGCUUUGCCUAUGGAUCUGCAGUCUUCAAGCAGAUUGGGGCUGCACAGACCAAUGUCCAGAACAUGGUGGACUUUGUGUUUGCGGUGGACGACCCUGUCACGUGGCACACCAUGAACCUGAUGCAGAACCGAAGUCACUACUCUGUGCUGAAGUAUCUGGGACCAAAGAAAAUAAGUACCGUACAGAACAAGUAUGGCGCCGGCGUCUAUUAUAACACCCUGGUUCCGUGUGACGGGAAGGUGAUAAAGUACGGCAUCGUGAGCACGGAUACCCUCGUUGAAGAUUUACUGCACUGGAGGACCUUGUACAUUGCUGGCCGCUUACACAAACCUGUGAAAAUUCUGGUGCAGAAAGAGAACGAGCGGCUCAAAGCGGCGCUGAACAGCAACCUGAAGAGCGCUGUCCUAGCCUCCUUCCUCAUGUUACCUGAAAGCUUUUCUGAGGAAGAUUUCUACCUGCAGAUCGCUGGUCUUUCGUAUUCAGGUGACUUCAGGAUGAUAAUUGGUGAAGAUAAAGCCAAAGUGAUGAAUAUUGUUAGACCGAACAUUGGACAUUUUCAGAAGCUGUACAGUAACAUAUUACAGGAGUGUCCCCAGGCUGUGUACAAGCAAGCACAGGGCCAAAUAGAGGUAGAUAAGAGUCCAGAGGGUCAGUUUUUGCAGCUGAUGAGUUUGCCAAAGCAUUUACAGCAGAAUAUUACAGAUCUUGUGGACCAGCCGGGAAGGAAUCGGGAUGUAGAAGAGGUGUUACUACAAGUAGCUCAGGACCCCGACUGCGGGAUUGUGGUACAGCAAGCUAUAUUUGGCAUAGUGAAAUCUUCGAGUUUGAGUCAAAGCGUUAAAGGGAUAGCGACUGCCGGGGUAAAGAAAACUAUUUGCUACAGUGCAAGAAGCUGUACAAAUGCUGGGAGUAUGCGCCAUCCGUAAUCCAACUUGUGAUGAUUCGCCAUUUCAUUAUUUUAUUCAUGUGGAUUUUCUUUUAUCAAAUAAG